UUAGAUUGAUUUGUGUAGCUUAUGAUAAAAUUCUAUUUAACGCUAUUUUCUGAUUUAGCAUUCUACACAUCGCAGUUCAAACCUUCUUCGAUCUGAUAGUUGUAGUUUUGCUUUCAAGAUGCUACUUUAUGUUGCUUUAGCAGUUGCGGCAAUGGCGCUGUCAUGUGUAGCAGCGCAAGAUGAGGAGUUCUGCCCUCUAGUCGGGUUGUUUACUUGCGCUCAUCUUGUCGAUGUGACUAAAGAAGAUAUUGGUUAUGAAGAAAAUGAAGAAGCACUAGACAAAAAAUGCGGGGAAACGAAGCCUUUUAUGAAAUGCUUAGUGCAUUCUGCAAAGAAAUGCCCUGGUCACUCAGAAAACCAUUUCUAUCAGUAUUUCAAAGAUCAAUAUGACACAUUGCUCAGGAUCUGUGACCAGAAUGAUGACCUCAGGAAGAAAUAUUUAAAUAAUGCCAAGUGUCUAAGUAAACACAAGAAAGAAGUCGAUAAGAAAUGUGGAGAAUUAUUUGAUUUUGACAUGAUAGAUGACCUUGAUAAGAACCUUUGUGCGAAACUAAAAGGAAACUUCAAAUGUACUUUUGAUGAAGCUGAUAAGAAGUGUGGAAAAGAAGCUUCGGAUGUCUUGAAAGAAAUGAUGGAGUCAACUACCACAUUUUUGGACAAAAACUGCAAUAAACUUAAACUCUCGGAUUUACGUAUAUUACGAAGUAUGCCUCACAGGCUGUAUUAAUUUUUAAUAAUUUCAAUACAGCUGAAUAAACAUUAGGAUCUUAGAAUGUA